AUGAUCGAAUUGCAUUCACUUGGUGAUUUAAACCAACUUCAAGCUGGCAAACUGAGCGUGAUUGAUUUCUACGCUGAUUGGUGUGGUCCUUGUGUCACCAUAGCCCCACGCUACGAGGCUCUCUCUAAGCAAUUUCCCUCAGUCAACUUCUUCAAAUGCAAUACUGACACAGCGAAAGACGUGGCUGCAAAGUACAGAAUUAGCGCAAUGCCCACUUUUAUCUUUCUUAUCGGCGAUAAAGUGCUAGAAACGAUAAAGGGUGCAAACGCUGCUGCGAUUGAGGCAGCGCUCAAGAAGUACUCCAAAGAGCACUCCAAAGGCUCUGCUUUCUCCGGUAAAGGGCAGACUUUAGGUGGUAAGCCUGCUGCAAAGUCAAAUGGCAGUUCUAGCAGCGAGUUCAACUCUCAUUUGCUCAUUGGUAUCGCACUCCUCUCAGUCUACGCUGGUCUGUGGUAUUAUAAUAUGUAA